AUGGCCAAAGCCACCUCAUCCAAAGCCUCCCCAGGUACGAAAGCUAGUUCGACUCGCUCGACGACGAACAAGACCGUUCGCAUCUCCCCUCCCUCGGCCCCGAAGACGACCACUUCCUCGAACCAAUCGACGAAAGCCGCCGCCGUACAGACCGCUUCCAAUGGGGUAGCCAAGAAGGACUUGCGCGAAAAGGCCAAGGAUUUGAGUCAGGUCGAGACGAUUCGGUCGAAAGAUGCUCCCGAACCCAAGAAGGGCGCGUUGAAGAAGCGGAGUGCUGUUGAGGAGCAAGGUGAGGAGGAGGGGAGUGAUGACGAGGAGGAAGGGAACGGGAUUGAUUUCUUGAAAGGGUUCGAAUCGGGGGUAGAGGAGGAGGAUGUGGAUGAAGGGGAGGAUAGUUCGGACGAGGAAGACGAGGCCAAGCCGGCGUUCGAGGCGAAGCAGUUGCCCCAGGUGGACAAAGCCAAGCUGGCGCAGAAGGAACGGGCAAGGGCAGAGAGGAAGAAGAAUGUACGUCUCGUCGUAUCCACUCGAGUGGAGAGGGGAAGGGCGUGUACUGAUUGACCCUCGAUGGAACAGGCCCAAAAGGGCGUCGUCUACCUCGGACGAAUUCCCCAUGGUUUCCACGAGGCCGAGAUGAAGAGCUACUUUUCGCAAUUCGGUGAGGUCACCAGGCUACGGUUGUCGAGGAACAAGAAGGUAUGUAUAGUACUACAAAGCCCUCGCUCAAGGGAGCUAAUUCCUCUUGUCAACUCCCACCUCGUCCCCGACAGACCGGCGCCUCCAAGCACUACGCCUUCAUCGAAUUCGCGUACGCUUCCGUGGCGGAGAUUGUGCAAGAAACCAUGGACAACUACCUCCUCGCGGGUCAUUUGCUCGUGUGCAAGAUCGUACCGAACGAUCAGAUCCACCCCAAGUUGUGGAUCGGGGCCAAUCGCAAGUUCAGAGUCGUGCCCGUGGCGAGGACAGAGGCAAGGAAGAGGAGUGAGGUGUGUCUCCUUUCAUCACAUUUCGUUUUCGGGAUUUGAUCUUCAGCACGAUCGAAGCGAGAGGGAGAGAAGCAAGCUGACCGAUUCGCUCCCUCGUUCGCUCGCGUUCCCCAUUCCAGCCCAAAACGAAGCAACAACAAGAAUCCAUCAAGAAACGUCUCCUAAAGCGCGAGCAAAAGAAGCGAGAACAAUUGGCCGCCCAAGGGAUCGAAUACGACUUCGCUGGAUACGCCGGCAAGGUCAUUGAAUCGACCGAGGAAGAAGAGGUCAAGGAGGUCAAGAUCGUUGAGGCCAAGGGGAAGAAGGGUGCUAAGGAUGCGGCGUCGAAGAAGGAUAAAAAGACCAAGAAGGUCAAGGAGGUUGAAGGAGUGAGUCCCGGAGGUCAGCGUGGACUUGUGUCGACAGGGGAUAUAAUGGCUAACUCCGUCGCGUUUCGGGGACAUGUUAUUAGCCGCCGACGAAGAAGGCCAGAAAAUCGAUCUAA